GCAAAGCAAGACCGCAACUCGGAGAUCGAAUUUGGGUUUUUUAGGGUUUCGAUAAACCCUAGAUUUCAUCUCUACGUUCCAAUUUCUCAGUGUUUUCUCUUUCUGGAAGUGAUCGGUUGUGAUCUCGGCCAGGAGCGAUGGGGAGGGUGAUGGCGAACCUCAAGGCUUUGAUGGAGGAGUUCAAGGUUCGGACUGUGUACUGGGCCAUCUGCAUCUUCGUCAUCUCUUACUUCUUGUCUCACACGAGUAAAUCAAUGUGGACAAACAUCCCCAUGUCAGUUCUCAUUCUAUCGGCCAUACGGUAUCUAUCAUAUGAGGUAGAGCUUCGCUGGAAGGUGCGGCCUGUUCGUAGACAGACAUACAUAUCUCACUUGGAAAAGAAGCAAUUAUCUGUAGAUGAAUCUUGUCUUUCCUCUGCUCCAUCUAUACCAAAGUGGAGGAGGAAGAUAAGUUCGCCUCCUGUGGAGGCUGCUGUUCAUGAAUUGGUCAGCAAGAUUUUGCAGGACUUUGUUGUAGACCUUUGGUAUUCGUCUAUCACACCUGAUAAAGAGGUCCCUGAACUUAUACAUGCUACAAUUCUUGAUGCUCUUGGUGAGAUAUCAGAAAGGAUUAAAGGAAUCAAUCUUGUUGACUUGUUAACAAGGGAUAUGGUUGAUGCAAUUGGAAAGCAUCUUGACACUUACAGGAGAAUUCAAACAGAAAUAGGUGUUGAUGAUAUGGGAACCUUGUCUUCUGAAGAGAGGGAUGCAAGAUUGAAACUUGGCCUAUUAGCUUCCAAGGAACUUCACCCUGCUUUGGUAUCUCCAGAGUGCGAGCAUAAGGUUCUUCAAUGUAUUAUCGGGGGAGUUCUUGCUGUUGUUCUUAAACCAGAGGAGGCUCAAUGUCCAUUGGUUCGUUGUUUCAGCCGUGAACUUUUGACCUGCUUGUUAAUUGAACCUGUUAUGAAUUUUGCCAGCCCCGAGUUUGUGAAUGAGUUAAUUGAGUGCAUAUUCCUAAAUACAAAAGCCAACAGGGAAGGACAAGCAGGGCCUGAUGGCUCUGGUAAUGCGACUGUUGUUGUUGAUGGUUCUUCUGAUUCAGUGGGAAAUCCUCAUGCUGGGCCUGAGUCAAAAAUACUCCUUUCUAAUCAACCACCUGAAAAAUUAGCCGAAGCAGAUGAUAUAAUUUCAAUCAAGACUUUUGAGCAUGGUAAUCCAAAUGAGCCACAGGAAGAUUCUGGAUGCUUCUUGCAUUCUCAGAUGGCUGAACAAGCUGCAAUCGUACAAGAUAAGUAUAUGGUCCAUAUGAUGCAGGGUUCAGAUGAUUUUUCUCGAUCAGUGCUGGACACAGACAACUCUUCACAUAUUUCUGUAGAUCUGGUUGGUGAAACGUCUGCAGGAGUUAAUCUUUGUGAUGAAUAUGAAGGAAAUGCCAUGAAAGUCAAAAGCAACAAAGGCCUACUUAAACAAUCUAUUUCCAAAUCUGACAGUGAGACAAUUAUCAUGAGUGGUGAAGCCAUUGUCAUGAAAGAGCUCUACUACCCAAAGUUUGGUAGGCAUAAAACUGAGCCUACUGGUGCAUUGCUCACCCUUGGUGAAGGAGUCUUAUGUGCGCCAAAACUCAAGUGUCAGGUUGUUGGAGUGUCUUUUAAGCAAAUUAGAUCAAAACCUUUUGCAGUAUAUUCAAUUUCUGUGACCGAUCCAAAUUACAAGACCUGGCUUGUGGAAAGAAGAUAUCAAAAUUUUGAACGGCUACAUAGGCAUCUCAAGCAUUUACCUAACUAUUCACUACAUUUGCCUCCAAAGGGUUUUCUUUCAUCCUACAUGGACAACCACUUCAUACACCAGCGGGAUGUUCUUCUUAACAAGUACUUGCAAGACCUUCUUUCAAUUGCUAAUGUUGCCGAGCAACAUGAGGUGUUGGAUUUCCUUAGUGUUUCUUCAAAGAAUUAUUCUUAUGGAAAAGCCACCUCAGUGAUGAAAACCUUCGCAGUCAAUGUUGAUGAAGCAAUGGAAGAUAUUGUUCGCCAAAUUAAAGGUGUUUCUGAUGAUCUCCGACGUAUAGUUGUUGGUUCAUCUUCAUCCAACACCACUUCCUUAGCAGAGAAGAGCUUGAUGCUACCUUGGAAGGAGGAAAUAAAGAGGCACCACCCCAGAGAUAGCUAUGUUGAAGCUGCGGAUAGUCAGUCAGCUUAUUGGCCCUCAGAAAAAGAUCAUCAUUCAGCUACCAACACAUGCCACUUGGACAAUGAAUUGAAGCAUGAAAUUUUCUCCCCUCGAGUGAGUGACCACAUGAAAGAAUCAAUGAUGUUGGACUUGGGAAAAAAUCAACUGGCUGAUAAAUUUCCCAAUAGUACUUUGGACAAGUUUUUAGCGAAUGAGUCUUCUAAUGUUACUCAUCUUUUGCAAGAUCUUGAUGGAAUCCCUCCUGAGUGGAACCUGCAAAACACAAGUCUUCCACUGCUGAAUCUGGUGGAUAAAAUAUUUCUACUUGAUAAACAAGGUUGGCUGAGAAGACAGGUGUUUUGGAUUUCAAAGCAACUUGUACAGUUGAUGAUGGAUGAUGCAAUUGAUGACUGGAUGUUGAGGCAGAUCAGUUUGCUUAGGAAUGAAGAAGUCAUUGCUCAAAUGAUUCAUUGGGUUCAAAACAAUCUCUGGCCAAACGGGACUUUCUUUACAACAUCUGAGAGAGAUACAUGCUCCGAAUCAAGCACUUCUGAUACCCACCUUGAGGCAGUACGUAGAGCAAGUCUAGUGAAAAAAAUUAUCCUUGAUUCUGUACCGGCUCCUUUGGUUACCUUGAUUGGUUACAAACAAUACCGUCAAUGUGCUGAAGAUAUCUACUAUUUUCUUCAGUCUUCUAUUUUAUUGAAGCAACUUGCCUACUCUAUGCUGGAAGCAGUUAUUCUCACACUAUUCCCAGAACUAACUGAAAUUGUCGAAGAUAUACACAACAAGACUUAUGCUUCGUAGAGAGGUUUCUUGUAAAUUAAUUUUAGUCAUCAUUUACUUUUCGUUCAUUUUUUCAUUGAAUUAGUUUUAGUCAAUGUAACCUUCAAAUAGGGAGGUUUCUUGUAAAUUAUCUCUUAAUAGACAGUAAAUAACACAACAGAGUAGUCAUAAAAGCUUUCAUUAAAUUGUAAACAAACUCCAGUAGUUGUUCAGGUAAACUCCUGCUUGAAUGUUUCAUCUGCCAAGUUAGAAAGUUCUAUUUUGAACAUGGUCUUAAUCUAAUGGUGCC